GCUUCCUCUUGGCAGCCGCCAUACUCCAUCAUUACCACAAGAAACGACAGCCACAUAAAAUACAACCUACCAAAGACUUUUCAAUCAGUGUGCGUUACCUUCACAAUUACUCACUCUUUUCUCUAGUAACACGUCCAAAUUGGUAUAUCUUUCUUCUCUGGCUGAGCAAUGAUGGCUGCUGAGUAUCACUUUGCAAAGGGCAUGAUUAAGCCGGUGGCCGCACUCGCCGUGGUGGCCAUGGCGGUGGGACUGUCCUACUUGCAGAAGUUGGGCUUGGAGAGGGAGAUGGUUUACUCCAUCUUCAGAGCUUUCCUUCAGCUCUCCGUGAUCGGUUUCGUUCUGCAGUUCAUUUUCAGCCGCCAAAGCGUUGCUUGGAUCUUCCUGGCUUACAUUUUCAUGGUUUGUAUUGCCGGUCACACAGCAGGACAACGAGCUAAGCACGUGCCCAACGGCAAGUACAUCGCUGGAGCCUCGAUUUUUGCCGGAACUUCAGUGACUAUGUUGGCAUUGGUGCUGUUGCACGUAUUUCCUUUCACUCCUCGUUAUAUUAUACCAGUUGCUGGGAUGAUGAUUGGAAAUUCGAUGACAGUAACUGGAGUCGCCAUGAAACGACUUCGAGACGACAUCAAGUCACAAAUUAAUCGGGUGGAGACGGCAUUGGCUCUCGGUGCGACCCCUGAACAGGCCAUAAUGCAACAGGUGAAGAGUGCGCUGGUGAUUGGACUCUCGCCGGUGUUGGACAAUGCCAAAACGGUGGGUCUGAUCACGCUUCCAGGAGCAAUGAGUGGGCUUAUAAUGGGAGGUGCUUCGCCCCUCCAGGCCAUUCAGAUUCAGAUCGUGGUGAUGAACAUGCUUGUCGGCGCUUCCACGCUUAGCAGCAUCACCUCGACUUACCUCACCCAGCCUGGUUUCUUCACCUAUGCUCACCAAUUACGAGUCUCUGUCUUCUCUUCGGAUUGAGAUUGCAUCAUUUAUGGUGAGAAUAUGAUCGUUGGUGCAAAAAUCAAAUCGAAGAUCGAAUGGUCAUUUUCUCCC